AGCCAACGAGCCGAGUCACCACCCUGAAUUGACCUACAACAUUGCUGAUAUUCAUAACGAAGGCUUGUCUUUUUCUCUGUCUGCUUGCUUUCUUAAUACGAUGGGCUUCUUCUCCGCAUCGCGAUCUCUUCUCCGGCGAUCCACCACUGCCAACCUUUCCUCCCGGCGAUGGUACUCGGGAAGUGGAUCUAUCUCCGGCAUCGACGGCGUCACGGCCGCCGGGUACCACGUCUCGGGAGGGCCGUCCUUCAUGCGCGGGACCGUCUUUUGGGAACCCAAUCGGCCCCUCACCAUAGAAGAGUUCCAGAUGCCCCGACCCAAGUCCGGAGAGCUCCUCAUCAAGACGAAAGCCUGUGGAGUCUGUCAUUCUGAUCUUCACGUCAUGAAAGGCGAACUUCCUUUCUCAAGUCCUUGUGUUGUUGGCCAUGAAAUAACUGGAGAAGUAGUCGAUCAUGGUGCACAUACUGACAUUGGGGUGAUAAAGAGGUUUCCGAUCGGAAGCCAUGUUGUUGGUGCUUUUAUAAUGCCCUGUGGAAAUUGCUUCUUCUGUGUAAAGGGUCAGGAGGACCUCUGUGAGGCUUUCUUUGCUUAUAACCGUGCAAAGGGGACAUUGUAUGAUGGUGAAACACGUCUAUUUCUUCGCAGCAAUGGUAAACCUGUGUACAUGUACAGUAUGGGUGGGUUAGCUGAAUACUGUGUUGUUCCUGCCAAUGGGUUAGCUCCUCUUCCAAGCUCACUUCCAUACUCAGAAUCAGCAAUUUUGGGGUGUGCUGUGUUUACUGCCUAUGGUGCCAUGAGACAUGCAGCUGAAAUGAGAGCAGGCGAUUCUGUUGCAGUUAUUGGAGUUGGUGGUGUUGGAUCCAGUUGUUUGCAGAUAGCAAAAGCAUUUGGUGCUUCUGAAAUUAUAGCAGUAGAUGUUCUAGAUGAGAAACUUCAUAAUGCUAAAACGCUUGGUGCAACUCACACCAUAAAUGGAUUGAAAGAAGAUGUUGUUGAUAAGAUCAAGGAAAUAACUGGAGGAAGAGGAGUUGAUGUGGCAGUAGAGGCACUAGGAAAACCACUGACAUUCAUGCAAUGCACUAAAAGUGUGAGAGAUGGAGGGAAAGCUGUUAUGAUAGGUCUUGCGGCCACCAAUGCUAUAGGAGAGGUAGACAUAACUCGUCUUGUCCGGAGACAGGUAAAAAUAAUUGGCUCAUAUGGUGCGAGAGCAAGACAAGAUCUUCCCCAGGUAGUGAAGCUUGCAGAAACUGGAAUCUUCAAUCUUCGUAACACAGUCACACGGAAAUGCAAGUUUGAAGAAGCCAACGAUGCAUUUGACGAUCUGAACCAUGGUAAGAUUGUUGGCCGUGCCGUCGUAGAGAUUAUGUAGUUCAAUGAACCACUUUAACUGGACGCUUUGUUAUUAAAAAAUAAUCCAUUGUUUGCUCGCUGUAAACAAUGGAUGGAUGGUUUUCAAGAUUCUCUUCCAUCACAAAAUAUUUAGUUGUUUAUGCCCUA